AUGGAUCGUUCCAUCCCUUUCAUUCUCUUCUUCCUUCUCUCUACAAACCCUAAUCACGAUAUAAACCUCCAACAACUCAUAACCCUAUUCAACAUAUGCAACCUAUGCCUGAUAACGAAUGAAGAUCUCACAUCGCCUCCCCUUACCGGGAACAUCAGGGGAUUGGCUAUUCAGUUGCUUCAUGGCAGCCCUCGUCGAGCUCAAGAGCAAUUUCAAAUAGUUUUAGAGGAGCAAAGCAGAUUUGCUCUUGAUAUUGACCUUGAUGCUCCAAAAAUCAGAGGCUCAAAGAUCAUGCAAUACCCUCACUUGUGGCAACAACAUCUUGAUAAUUUGGUUCAUCUUUUCAGUGUGGGAAGGCUAAAGGUUGCAAUAGACCCUAAAAGCUUUGUGGGCGUACAAUUUGUUGCUGAUGCAGUUGAAUAUCCCACCAUCCAUUGGUUAAAGAAUGCAAAACACUUCCAUUUAGCAGAUAAUCAUUUAUCUGGUGACAUUCGAUCUGAACUGUUCAGAUCAGAUAUGACUCUAAUACAUGUGAUAUUCAACAACAAUCAAUUAUCUGGAAAUAUUCCUUCCUCGAUAGGACUAGUGAGUACUCUUCAGGCAUUACGCCUGGACUCAAAUUCCUUGGAUGGGAUAGUGCCUCAAAACAUCACGAAUCUCAAAAGUUUUAGUAAGCUAUACUUGUCGAACAACAAACUGAGUGGACAUGUUCCAAAUCUCACAGGAAUGGUCUCCCUGUUUUAUGUGGACAUGAGCAAUAAUAGUUUUGAUGCAUCAUAUAUUCCAACAUGGUUCACAGAACUUCCAUCUUUAACAACAUUGUAA